CCACGAAUGCUCAUCUGCUUGUACCAGAUACUGUGUGCCAGUCAGAUCAUUCCUCGCAGUGACCCAGUUUACCAGCCAUGUCAGACAAGGAGGUGCUUCUCUCUAUGGGUUUUGACCCACAACGCAUUCAAUGGGCCUUGAAGGCGACCGGGAACCGCGGUCUACAACCCGCGAUGGACCACAUCAUUGAGAACGAGGGAAAGCCCGUCCCCGAUCUCUCAUCCGUGUCUGAAUCCUCCAGAUCCGCGCCCCCUCCCACGAGUGGCGGCGGAGACGCGAUGGACGCCGACGAGGAUGACGAUGAACUCGCUGCGCUCAAGGCUGUAUAUGGCAAGAAGGGUGGAUCUGGGGGCGGCGGAGAGAGCUCGUCGGGAGGAACGGCGGCGACGGCGGCGGCCGAGGCCGAGGCGAAGAGCAUCAAGUGCUCGGUCUGUGGGAAGACGUUCAAGAACGUCGACCUUGCGAACUACCAUGCGGAAAAGAGUGGGCACGACCAAUUCGAGGAGUCUACGGAGGAGAUUAAGCCCUUGACAGAGGAAGAGAAGAAGCAGAAGCUGGCGGAGCUCCGGGAGAAAAUGGCCGCAAAGAAGGCGGCGAAGGCGAAGGAAGAGGCAAAGGAGACCCUCGCCAACGAGGCGAUCCGCCGGAAGUCGGGCAAGGACAUCAACGAACUCCGGGAGGAGUUGAAACGGAAGGAGUUACUCAAGGAGGCCGAGGCUAAACGUCGCGAGAAAGUCGAGGAUGCGAAGGCGCGGGCAGCGGUGAAGGCACAGAUCGAGGCGGACAAGAAAGCGCGCGCAGAGAAGGCGGCGCGAGAGAAGGCGCUGCGCGAGGGGAAGCCGCUGCCAGACGCAGUGGAGCCGGCGAGCACUGCCAGUACUGCUACCGCUUCGGCACCGAAGGCCGGGCUGGCGGGGAAGGACUACCCCGAGACACGGCUGCAAAUUAGGAUGGCCAAGGGCGGGCAGCCGUACACGACGACGCUCCCAAGCGAUUCCACGCUGCGUGAGGUGGCAGAAUUCUUGGCUGCGCAGACUUUGGAGGUUGACGUUGAGACGGUCAACUUCUCGCUGACGUUCCCAAGGAAGACCUUUGCUCGAUCCGACUUUUCGCGGACACUGCGAGAUCUGGGAUUGACACCCUCCGCGGUUCUGAUAGCUUCGUGACCCUGACGCUUACAGGUUUGAUGAUGGUGAUGGUUUCACUCAACUGCGUCAUGCCAGAUUGCGAAUUCGUGCGAAGUGUAUGAGAAGUAUUACGGUUGCACGUAGCCACGUCUUCAAGAAUUGUAUUUCUACCUUCUUGACCGUUGUCGUAGUCACGGCGCUGUGUCGCACCACAGCACUCGAUCCAUACUUCGAGUUCU